ACCACGCGCGAAAUGGCUGGAAUCGAGAGGAGGAAAACCUGGACGGAAUUGUUGCUUUCGUUGUUUAAUUUGCUCGUAGACAACGCCGAUGGAGUGAUAGAUGACACAAGCUUAGAAAGAAUACUUGAAUGGUUAAAACGUGUGUGCCAAAAUGAACACCAACUUCAAAAUCUCAUGCAAUGUGGAACGGUUGAGUUCAUGUCAAAAGAUCAUGUUUUCACCAAUCCUGAAUCAACAGCAUUCUUUCUCAGAUUAUUGGGAUUUCUUGUUUCCAGAACGGAGAUCUUUCAUUCUCUAAAAUGUAGCAAAGACGGAGACAUUGUUUCACGGCUUUUAAUGAGGCCCAGGGAUGAACCUCACUUGUGGAAUGAGGGAAUUGUGAGAAAUGGCUAUUUCCAGGCAUUGAUUUCUCUUACAGAGCACACAGAUGGAAUGUUCUGGCUUAAAGAUUCAGGUUCUGUGAUACAUGCAUUAGACUGUAUUUCUGACAGAAGCAUGUUUGUGGCAAGUUCAGCCAGAAAAUUCUUAGUAAAGUUUAUUAUUAAGGAGAGUGAAUGGAUAGCAGACCAACAGCCUCACACACAAGACAGCUUCAUGGACUGCAGUGAUCAACUCAAAAUUAUCAUCGACAAGAUUAAAUUGAUGCUUAUUCCAGACAUUUCACCUUCAACAACCUCAGAAAUUGCUGCUAUUGAAGUUACAAGAAUCUUGUUAUAUGAGAACUCUGUCCAUGGACAAAAGGUUCUUCAACAAAACAAACUGUUUAUGGAUUGUUUGAAUUUAUUACAAGUGGGAGAUUUGGGGGUAUGCCAGAAACUUGUUGAUAUGAUAUGCGAGAUAUCAAAAAACAGCACAUGUCCAGUGGAUUGGCAUAAUCUUACCACCAUGGAAAAUACAGUCACAACAGCAUCAGAAGUCCUUCUUGGGUCAUGUGUGGAUCUUUUUAAGAGAGGUCUCAUUACUACAGGGCUUGAGCUGAUAGCUGGUUUAGGCCCUUGUCAAGAAUGUUCCAGAGAUUUUCCACUUCACUGGUUGGAAGUACUGUUUGGUUUGGUAGAGUUACCUCUUGAUCUUGUCCUUACUCAGACGUCUUCGAACAUUGAUGAAUCCCAGAAUGGCUGUUGUGCCAAUGGAAAAAAACACACCAACACUGAUCUUGUUGAUGGACUGCUGUCCUUAGACCAUCAGAAAAGAUCCUUUGCUAAGCAACAGUUGCAACAUACAGUGCUUCCUUGGAUCAAAGGGAGUUCUUCCACCACUCAAGUUGUUUGUCAAGGACUAGCUGCAGCCCAACAGCUGAUGCAGCAGGCCUCCUCAAGACAUAUUUCCCAAGUGUUACACUGGCUAAAGCUCAGUAUAAACCUCCUUCACAACUGCAUCAGUCCGAGCGACCAUUCAGCUGUGAAGUUUCAUGGCAAUCAGAGAGUUCUCAAAGCCUUACUGGAGUUCAUUGUAAGCUUUGCUGAAGUGCAAAAAUCAAAAGACAUUCUUGAAGGCACAGAAUUCUUCAUUGUUUACCAGCUGUUUGACGAUGUUGUUGAGGCGUUGUUACAACUUAUCGAAAGUUCCGAAACAAGUGAAGCUGUGACAUCUACUUCCUUGAAAACACUCGGAAAGGUGUUUGGCGCCGCCAAGCCAACAUACAUAACCAAGCUUUUUAACAGCAGCGAGAUACAAACAGACAGCGAGAUCCUUGGUGAGAAACGAGCAAGGCUUGACCAUCAUCUGCAAAAUUCUAACACCAAAACAUCAAACCGUGAAAAGCUUGCUUUCAUGCUUUAUCGAAGAUUGCGAGACUCGAGUUGGGAAGUAAGAGAUUCUACGUUGGAGUUUGUUGCUGAUCUAGUGCAGUUAGACCGAGAUUUAAUUGAGGAGUUCCUCUGUUUUCACAAUAUCCCUGCGAUAGUGUGGAAUACUGUAAAUGACAGUGACAGCUACGCCCGUGCCUCUGCUCUCCUUGUCACUGGUUCCCUGGCCUGUCGAUCAAAGUUGUGGACAUCUCUUCUUCAAAAUAGUCAACUAUCAGAGGAACUCAUCUUAGAGAAGCUCUCCACGGUUCUGGUAGAAGACGAAGAGGCCUUCCCACGUCGUAGAGCUAUGGAAUGCUUAACUUUGUGGACAAGAAAACGUCAUCCCAUUGCUGUCCGAAUCAUUCGCUCCAGCAAGGAAGUGAAAGACCAAUCACCGACCGAGAGAAGUCCGACAUGUGAUGAUAUUCAGGACUUACAGCUCGGAGACCAAUCGAAACAAGUCAGAAAACAAUCGGUAGCUGCAGAAACAACGUCGAGGUAUGGAAUAACGACACAAAGAAUCUGCCGCGCUUGUCAGGAUUUUGACUGGGAAGUCAAAUUACGUGGGUUUGAGUUCUGGGAAGCAGUUAUCUGUCACAUUACUGGUUUAAAACCAAACAAGGAAAGCACGAAUACACGUAAAACGUGUGAUGGCGAACGUUUGAAUAAACAAGAUGCUAAUGAAUGCCUACGGGUUCUUUUCGAAAUGGGGGCGUUGAAGAUUUUUAGUGAAGCCCUUUGUGAUUGCGACCACAUGGUUUGCGAGAAAUCUCUUGAAGUGUUAGGUAUUUUGCAACACAUUACAAAUCAAGAUAACUCCAUCGUCGAACAAUGGAUCACGACAUCGGGGGAUUUUCAGGAAGCUCUGGGGAAUGGGUUCGGUUUGGAGAAGUUCAAGAAAGUUUUACUCGAAACUGAUCUAGCAUCAGUGGCUCUGUCUUGUGAAGCCGCUGACAAUGCGCUCAGAUCUGAUCCGGUUUCUUUGCUAGAGGACGUUCUCUUGGCAGCUAGACAUCACGAGGAAAAUCUUCUGGACUGUUACUGAUGUGAUAGCUAUCUUUCUGAACUCGACGUCGUUUCCAGGCUCUCUAUUCUUUCCACAAGGAGACAAGAAGAAGAGAGAUCCUAGGGACUAGAUUCCAAAUUUACCAAAAUGAGUUUCUAAUUUAAGUCUUUCGCUCUCAGGAUCUAAAGAGCAAUUCUCCUUACUGUCCAUUAUGCAUAUCCUAUAAUUGUAGCUUUGAGAAAUUGGUGUUAAUUGCAACCAAAUCCCUUAACCUUCCUGCAAGAAACUGUUUGACAUUGUAAGCAUAAAUUCUUUGUUGGUCUUUCCAGGGAGUUUAAGGGUUAAAUAAAAUCAAAUAGAAGUUUGUUUCUGACCUUUUUAUUCACUCACUAGCCUGAAGCACAACUGAAAUUUCUGAAUAAGACUACGCACAGUCCUUGCUUUUCGGAGAGGUCCGUUGCUCAAGUCGAAAAAAAAAAAA